AUGAGGGAGAGGGUGAUCAUAUUCUGCCAUCUGUUCUUCUGUCUGUCCUUAUCAGUGCUUUUGCACGAAAGGUUAGUGUCUGGAGACACUGAUCAGCACAGCGAAGAUCAGAAGAACAACAUCACAGUCUUCACGCACAUCCUGGACCGGCUUCUGGACGGCUACGAUAAUCGACUGAGGCCCGGUCUUGGCGAUCGGAUAACAGAAGUGACGACCAACAUCUAUGUCACCAGCUUCGGUCCAGUGUCGGACACAGACAUGGAGUACACAAUAGAUGUGUUUUUCCGCCAAAGCUGGAAAGAUGAGAGGCUUACGUUCGACGGGCCCAUGAACAUCUUACGUCUGAACAACCUCAUGGCCAGCAAGAUCUGGACGCCGGACACCUUCUUCCACAACGGCAAGAAGUCUGUGGCCCACAACAUGACCAUGCCCAACAAGCUACUGAGGAUUCAGGAUGAUGGCACCCUGCUCUACACCAUGAGGUUGACGGUGCAUGCAGAGUGCCCGAUGCACCUGGAAGACUUCCCCAUGGACUUCCACUCUUGCCCGCUCAAGUUUGGCAGCUAUGCCUACACCAUGAGCGAGGUCACCUAUGAGUGGACGCCCAACACCACGGUGGUUGUGGAGGGAGAGAGCUCUCGUCUCAACCAGUACGACCUUCUGGGGCAGACCACGGGUCAGGAGACCAUCAAGUCCAGCACAGGGGAGUACACCGUCAUGACGGCCCACUUCCACUUGAAGAGGAAGAUCGGCUACUUUGUAAUCCAGACGUACCUGCCCUGCAUCAUGACCGUCAUCCUCUCGCAGGUCUCCUUCUGGCUCAACCGGGAGUCCGUCCCGGCCCGGACUGUCUUUGGUGUGACAACGGUACUGACUAUGACCACCCUGAGUAUCAGCGCCCGAAACUCCCUGCCCAAGGUGGCCUACGCCACAGCCAUGGACUGGUUCAUUGCCGUGUGCUACGCCUUCGUCUUCUCCGCCCUGAUCGAGUUCGCCACGGUCAACUAUUUCACCAAGAGAGGCUGGGCCUGGGACGGGAAGAGCGUUGUCAAUGACAAGAAAAAGGAGAAGGCCUCUGUGAUGAAGAAGAACAACGCGUACGCUGUGGCUGUGGCCAACUACGAGCCCAACAUGACCAACAAGGACAGUGCGCUGCCCACCAUCGCCAAAGGGGGCGUCAUCGACCCCAACAAGCCCAAAGGCGAGGGCAAGGCGGAGGCCAAGAAGUCCUUCAACAGCGUCAGCAAGAUCGACCGCAUGUCCCGCAUCCUCUUCCCCAUGCUGUUUGGCAGCUUCAACCUGGUCUACUGGGCCACCUACCUGAACCGCGAACCGGACAUCAAGGACAUGGUCCCUUCUACCUAAAACUGGGGACCAGGAGGGCCGGACCAGGGCCAAAUCAAGACUGGUCCAGACCGAGCCUGGGCCAACUCAACCUGGGCCAGGCAGGCGGUUCUGAAGAGCCCGCCUCAGAGUGGGGCUUUUUAGAGACCAACAUGUACCAAAUACUCCUACUAGAGACUGCUGGUUAUCCUGUGCAUCUUUUGGGGUUUAGACGUGAUAGAGGUGGACAAGCUGUGGAGAGUUUCAAAGUCCUCUCUCUUUUUCCUCCCCUCUCCUUUUUCUACAUACUCCCUUUUCUGCAGUGCUUUCGGACUCACAUAUGCCUUUGUAUAUAAUGUGUUUCAUUUGUAAUAAUCUAUUACGCGAUUAUUUUUAUGGUGGGGAGGGAGUUUCCGGAGGGGUUUCUUGUGUCAGUGUGAUUUAUUAUUUGAGAGUUUCUUACAGGUAUUUAGACAGUGUUACAAAAGAGCAUUAUCUCAAAACCGAGUUCUUUCUUUUGGAAGAGCUUAAUUAAACGUUGUGUAAUUAUCUCUGUACUGUAUUUAUUCAUAGUUAUUUCUGUUAUUUCUUGGAAACGUUGCCUUUAAAUAUUGGUUCUGUGAUGGUGCUUGUUGUGGGAUGACAUUACACAAAUAUAUAAUCAUUGUAAUUAUU